CCUGCACCACAGGAAGGAAGUGGGAAGGAAGUUCAUCCCUAGCUCUGCCUCCUACAUCUCCCUAACCCUAAACCUAGUGGACCCUGCAACAGCUUCUCCUGCUGCCCCAGCCACUGGAGUUCCUGGGAUGCCACUGAGGUGGUGGCUUGAAUCCAGGCGGUUGUCACCUGAGCCACCUCCCCAGUGACUCCUGGAGUUCCCUUGGGGUUGCCCACUGCUCACCACCUCCCCGGUGAUCCCUCAGGUUCCCCCAGGGUUGCCCACCGCUCACCCUUGCCCGCCAGCUGCUGGGGACCUAAGCAAGGCCAAGCAGAGCACACGCCACCAGGGCACGUGCACAGGAGGGUUUGCACGUCUCUGGGUGGGAUUUGUCCCAUUCAUCCCCAGCUGCUUCUUCCUGGCCUGGCUCCAGCAUGGGAGGCCCAGCUGACAGCGACAGAGGCCGUGGUGAGGGGGGCACCAGGGCAGGGACAGCCCCUGGGACCAGGGGAGGGCGGGGAGGAAAAGCCAGCUCCAAGCAUGAGCACAGCCACGCGCCUGGAGCAACAGGAAGGGCCAGGCUGUGGCUGACAAGGAAACGGGGUGUUUAGGGAAAUUUCCGCUUUAUUUCUGCACGCUCCAGCCCUUCUGUGCCAAGGGGAGCGGUGUGGUAAGUCCGGAUGGCAGUGGGGCACCAUGGCAGCCCUUCAGCUGCUGCUCUGAGGGGUCAGACUCUGCAUCCCUGGGGAGCACAGCCUGGGCAAACACCUCCCUGUCCUCCCCUCCACCCUGGAUCUGACCACACAGGGGCUCCAGUUGGUUCUCCUCCCCUCCCUCCCAGUACUUGCCCAUUGCUCCCUUCCCUCUCCCAUGGCUGCAGAUUUAAGCCUGUAAUUAAGAUCCAGGCUGAGAAACUCAGGAAAAAAAAAAAAGAAAAAGCCCACAAAAAAAGCUCUAAUGAAUGUCCACGCUUUGCCCUCAUCCCAUGGCCCCCCCCCCGGAGGCAGAGUUCUGGCACGGGAUGGGGCCGGAGCAGGGAUUGGGAAGGUCUGGGGACGGGUACAUUUUGCACAUGACUGCUCAGGAAACCAGGGAUGGAGCCGGCAAAGGGGGCUGGGGGCCAGCACGGGUCAGGGACCCCCCUGCAGUACCCCCAGCACUGCUGGCAGCCGGAGUGGUUGAUGUUUGGAUAGGCCAGAGUGAAUCUUGGCUGCUGGGCCAGGGGUCGACUGUGGGACAACAGAUUGGCCAUGGAAUGGAUAUUGGCUGUUGGAUGGAGAUCGGCCGUAGGAUCCUCAUUUUCGUGGCCAGAGGAAUGGGCUCUUCCUGGCUGAGUGCUCGUCCCUGGCCACUCACUCCCUGCUCCCUCUGGCUGCGACUGUCCCACUGGGAAGGCAGUGGGGUCCCGGGAAGAGCCCGGCCGGUGGGACAGCCCUGCCCCGGGACGGGGGCCGCCAAGGUGCCAACUAUGGAAUGUUGUACUUUUUAUCUCGCCAGCUUGGCGGCGACAGCAGCGGCGGCAGCAGCGAGGGCAAAGCGCAGGGCCCGAAGGGAGGCGGCAGCGCCGUGAAGGUCCGACACAUCCUGUGCGAGAAGCACGGCCGGGCCAUGGAGGCCAUGGAGAAGCUGAAGUCCGGGCAGCGCUUCAGCGAGGUGGCGGCGCAGUACAGCGAGGACAAGGCCCGGCAAGGGGGGGACCUGGGCUGGAUGAGCAGAGGCUCCAUGGUGGGACCAUUCCAGGAGGCAGCGUUUGCCCUGCCUGUGAGCAGCAUGGACAAGCCCGUGUACACGGACCCUCCCGUCAAGACCAAGUUCGGGUACCACAUUAUCAUGGUGGAAGGCAGGAAAUAAAAUGUGAAUGACCAUGA